UCCCCGCUCUCUUUUUGCAUCUCUCCAUCUCCGUCCGACUUCGACCGAGUCGUGUGAACCAUGUAUAACAUUGUCCAUUAACUCACUCCCUUCUCGCUUGUCAUUAUUAUACUUCUCUGUUCAGACCCUCAUCUGUCUAUCUAGUAUUUUAUACCCAUAGUUAGGACCAGGGAAAUCGAUUUCAGCCUCUUAUACCGUGAUGGCAAAUCACAGAACUUCACAGUCCAAGAAGCCAUGGAUAGAGACUCCACUUGUAGAGUCGUCUACACUCUCACGAGCAGUCGGAUGUAGGGUAUUCCUCAAGCUGGAGAACCUCCAGCCCAGCGGAUCAUUCAAGUCUCGGGCAAUGGGAUCCCUUAUACUCUCACAUCUCUCUAAUCCAGCCAACUCCAAUCGCGAUAUCCACUUUUACAUUUCCUCUGGUGGAAACGCCGGUCUAGCUGCUGUCUGCGCUGCCCGUUCUCUUUCCUACCCCUGCACAGUCGUCGUCCCACGCUCAACAAGGGCAAUCAUUAUACGGAAGCUUCGAGAUGCGGGCGCCACCGAUGUGAUUGCACAUGGCGAGACAAUUGCUAAGGCAGACGAGUAUAUGCAUGAAGUAGUAAUGAAAGAACGACGAGAAGGUGAAAGUGAUGACGUGGUCAAGAUCGCCUUGCAUCCAUUCGACCAUGAAGCCAUCUGGGAUGGAAAUAGUACAAUUGUCGAUGAGUUGGUGGACCAGCUUCCGCCUGAUGCCGAUAACAAUCAGCGAGCUGUCCCCGCCGAUGCUAUCAUCUGCAGUGUUGGUGGUGGCGGUUUAUUGAAUGGCCUAGUGAUGGGGAUUGAAAGGCAGAAGAAACUACUCGGCCAAGACACGGAUUCACACACGAAUACAGCAAAAAAAGAUAUCAAUAUCCUUGCUGUGGAGACAGAAGGGACUGCCUCAUUGGCCCUUGCCAUGUCCAAGAAAUCUCUCGUCUCCCUUCCAAGCAUCACUUCUCAGGCAAGCUCUCUCGGCGUUGUACGCGUUUCUUCCCGCACACUCGAAUACAGCCUCUCCCCGCCGCCAGGUAUCUCCAUACACAGCGUCGUUAUUUCCGACGCUGAUGCUGCGCGCGGUGUCCUCCGUCUUGUCGAUGAUGAACGGCUCCUUGUCGAACUGGCAUGUGGUGUAUGCGUCGAAGCAGCCAUAGGAGACGCACAGAGGCAGAACCGAAAGGAGCGCAGGGGGCACGGCGGGACCGAUGAAGGCUACGGUAGUGAUCCAACCAGCAGUGAUGAAUCAAACCCCGGGUCUAGUACUGUCUCAUGUGCGUCAGAUGUCGAAGAUACAGACUCGGAAGCAGAUUCUGCGUCUCAGAGAGUUUCCAAGCUCAGACAAGUUGUUCCAGGUCUCAGUCCCCAGAGCAGGGUUGUUAUUGUCGUCUGUGGUGGAAGCAAUAUCACGCUUGAUAUGGCCACGGAGUGGAGGGAGAAGCUAAACAAUGGAUGGGGAAGUAAGAAAGGGUGCGAAUAGAAGCUCUUUUACGAAACACUGCGACAAAUUGCGUCUCAGAUCCUCAUGAUCUGUUGAUAUGUGAUGAGAUUCCUUUUUUGCUGGGUUUGUUCAGGUGGCCAGCGCGCCUAUUCAGGCUUUAGCCUGCCACUGGAGUUUUUGGCUUUGUCUGUUUCCCUCUGGAUGAUACAUUUGCUUGGCCCUGAAAAGCUUCAAACA